CAAGCCUCACUGCUCAAGAACAACGGCAAUUCAGCCACGACAUGUAGAAAGUCCCGUGCGAAGUGUGAUCUGUGCGGCUGAUCGAAGCAGUGCCCAAAUCUCUGGAUGGAGUCUGCGCUCAAUGGCACGUGUCGAAGUGGCAUACGUCAGCGGCGUUGUGUUUUACGAGAGCAAUUGUGGAACAGAUCAUCAUGACCUGAGACAUUCCAUCGGGAACUUGAAGCGGAGGCUACAGCCACUGUGCGGAGUGCCGGCGGAGGAACAACACAUUACCCUUGGCCCGGACGUAUUGGAGGAUUGGCAUCUACUAUGCAACCUACCGGCUGACGAGGGGGUGCUGCAAUUGACAUUGAUCCGCUCUUUGACUCGGAUGGUGUUGAGCGGCGGACGAGAUCGGAAGCUGAUGCUGUGGGAUCUCAAUCGGAGUGAUGCGGAUCAAGACCUGGUUGGACAUACGCAAGCUGUGCGCUGCCUCGCUGUGGACUGGGCGGGGCAAAGGGCCAUGAGCGGCAGCGUGGACCGAUCCUUGCAGCUUUGGGAUUUGGUGAUGUGCCAUUGUGUGCUGGAACUGCGAGGUCACACCGACACCGUAACCUGCCUUUCAGUGCAUUGGGAGAGCAACAUUGCAUUGAGUGCAGGGCUGGACCAGACUUUGUUGCUGUGGGACUUGGAUGUGGGUGAAGUCAUGAAGGAGCUGAUGGACCACGCAAGCCCAACCGUUUGCCUGGAGGUUGAUUGGAUUGGGCGACAGGCCUUGCUGAUCGCUGCAGAUGGCGCGAUGCGCCAUUGGGAUCUGAGCCAGGACCGCGCUGAAGGCUGCGGCCGGCAGGAUAUCCAACGGAUGUUUGUGAAUUGGAGCAAUUUGCAGGCAAUUACUGGCUGCAGUGAUGGUGAGGUGCUGCUGUGGGACCUUUGCCCAUUCCAGGUUUUGAGGAGCUGCGUACCGCCAGGGAGCAAAACGUCUUGCAUGUCAGCAAGCCCAGAUCUCUUGGAGGUUGCACUUGGUUCUGGGAGCACGCUAUGCCUUUGGAGUUCCCAAUUUGAGAGGAAACCAGCCAUCAAAGCUUUGGAUGCUGAAUGUCUUUUGGUCGGCUUAGAAGUGGAUUGGUCAGGUCGAAGUGCCUUGACAUGCGGAGAGGAUGGACAGUUGAAGUUCUGGAACCUCACUGUUGGACAAUGCUUACGCGUGGUCGGGGGUCCUGGUCCAGUUGCAACCUGCAUGUGCGUUCAUUGGCAAUCUGCAUUGGCCGUCACCACGGAAAACCGAAGCGUCAAACUCUGGGAUCUUUGCCGCGGACGCUGCUUGCAAAGCUUAGAAUUGGGCUGCUCCUCCGCCGUGUCUGUGAACUGGCAAAAGCAUCAGCUCAUAGCAGCUGGAGAGGACUCUGUCCUGCGCCUUCGUGAGACCUUCCGGCGUGGCAAAUGUAUUGGUCGGCUGCAAGGGCAUAUGGACACGAUUCUGUGCCUCACAGUGAACUGGGCCGGCUCGGAGGCGUUGAGCGGUGGCAGUGACCGGCGGCUGAUUUUGUGGGACUUGUCAGAAUGGAAGGUUCGCCAAACCUUGAGAGGUCACGAGGACACCAUACGCUGUGUAGAAGCAGAUUGGCAAGGGCGGCGGGCAAUUAGUGGCAGCUUCGAUCGCAGUCUUGUCCUUUGGGACCUCACCUCGGGUGAGAUUGUGGCGCGCUUGACGGGCCACAUCGAUUGGGUUUGCUGCAGUGCAACAGCUUGGCAUGAUGGGCAUUGCAUCAGUGGAGCGCGAGACGGUACAUUGAGGCUUUGGGACUUGGAGACAGCUUCCUGCACUAGUCUCCUUACGGGUCACACUGGUGCUGUUUGGGCAGUAGCACUUUGCUUUCCUGAUGCCUUCAGUGGUGGACAGGAUGGCACCAUCCGCCGUUGGUGCCUUACCACUGGCAGCUGUCUUCAACUGUUGCUAGCACACCAGGAUGCUGUGAGGUCACUGGAUGUGGACUGGCGUUCCGCUCACUUUCUGACUGGAAGCUUCGACUCGUGUUUGCGCAUGUGGCCUUUCAAUUCAACCGAUCCUUGGUGUCAGAUUGCGUUCCGCUUGUUUUAUCACUCUGGGGCUCCUUCACAAGUCUUCCAGGACUAUUUUCAGGAAUUUGACGGGCAUAGAAGAGGCGUCACAUCUUGCAGUGUCGAUUGGUCCUGUGGUCUGGCAGUCUCUGGCAGUGAAGACUGCUCCAUCCGUCUUUGGGAUAUCUAUGCAGAAGAUGAUUCGUCUGACCUCCUCCUCGGCUCUCAUGAGGGCGCCGUGCUUUGUAUCUCCAUGGGCUGCGGUCCUUCCAUUGCACCGUGCAGAGAAGGUAUCCAAGGCUUGCCAGCCGCUCAUCCUUGGGAGGAGCAGGUUAUGAAAAACAUGGCUGGACGGGUGAUUUUCUAGUUUUUCGGCGAUCUGAGCAGCGAGGGCAAGAUCAACGUGCGUGAAGCAGAUAGCGUUUGAGGUCCUCCUAUGCCAACGCUGCUGUUUGCCUCAGCAAGCAGCUAUGACAUCAGACUUCACCAAGAAUGCAAACAACAAUCCGUCCAAGCACAUCCCUACAGCCUUCUGAUGAUAACAUGAUGAACAAGGUCCCGCUUGCAAUUGGUAUGGGCCAAUGUCACUUUUGCCAAUUUGGCGUUGAAGAAAGAAGCCAUUCAGACUUGACUGCGAGCAAACCUGAACGGAUCACAUAGCAGACUUGCCACACGCAGCCGAGCUUUGACAGGCGUCAACUUGCUGGCAGUUUAGCCUUACACCGUCACUAGUUCACUAGUUUGCACAUUGGCAGGAACUUGAGUCGCCACAGUUUGCUGAAUGCCUGUUUGAAGGUGCUCGACUAUCACUCAUCACUUGCUCUCAUAUUUCUGGAAAGACUGGCAUAAAGGAAAGGUCUCAGAUGAAUCAAGCUUGGACACUUCGGGAGAAGAAGCAACUCGCGGGCCGGCGCAAUUGAAGCUUCUGUUCCAGAAUCGAGCGAGCGACACCAUACAGUUGAGUCUUGCUCUUGUGAGAUUAAUGUUGAACAACAUGACCAUGCCAUCAUGCCUUGACUACUUCCUGAACAGUGGUGCAUGCGAGAUGGGAGCCAGAAAGAGAGAGAGAGAGAGAGCUGAUUUGCGAUAUUUUACGAGUCUGAUGAGUACACAGCUAAACCAACUGAUGUUCAGCGGCGGG